AUGGAGGUGGCGGAGGAGGUGGUGGUGGAGAGGGUGGCGGAGGCGGUGGUGGUUCCGCUGUCGGAGCUGGUUCAGGCUACGGUUCGGGUAGUGGUUCAGGGUAUGGUGGUGCUGAUGUGCACGGGUAUGCAAGUGGUGGAGGUGGAGGUGGAGGAGGUGGCGGCGGUGGGAGAGCUGGUGCCUCCGGGUCUGGGAGGGGGGAAAGGUGGCGGCCGCGGUGGUGGUUCCGGAGCUGGUUCAGGGUUUCGUGCUUCUGAUCGGGAUGGGAAUCCAAGUGGCGGAGGUGGAGGUAGCGGUAGCAAAGACGUUAAGGGAAGUGCACCAUCCGGGUAUGGAUCAGGCCAUGGUGCAGGAGGGCGAGGCCCUGGGUCCAGCGACGGGAGUGGCUCCGGAUACGGAUCAGGGAGUGGAAGUGGGUACGGAAGCGGGAGUAGUGGUGGCGAAGGAGUUGGGGGAGUAGGGGGAGGAGGUGGAGGAGGGGGCGGAGGCUCUGGGUCCAGCGGCCGGAGUGGCUCUGGAUGCGGAUCAGGGAGCGGAAGUGGGUACGGAAGCGGGAGUGGAGGUGGCAAAGGAGGUGGGGGAGGAAGAGGAGGUGGAGGCAAUGGCAGUGAAGUUGGUCCAGGAUCCGGAUCCGGAUGA